AUGUCCCGCUUCCCGCUUUGGUUGCCUGCGGCAUCUGGUGCUUCUGCAUUUCUAAGCUCCUGCACUCACAUCCCCGAUACCGUCAUCAUCAGCAAUUCCCGAUUACCUCUACCUCUGACCGUUCUUAAAUCUCUUUGUCACUCUCUCGCAUCUUUCCCUUUCCAUUUCCAUUCCUCUCCCAUAACAUCCAAAGAUAAAUACCUUCGCCCUGGCCUCAUCAAUCCGUUCCUCGUCCGUCAAACUCCAGCGCCUCCUACUACAACAACACCACCCAUUAUUAUCAGCCACAGCAAGAACCACCCCACUUCGAACAACAAAUUCCCGCUUCUUCACAACAACCAAACCCAACAACUUCACACAGACCACUCGCAAAAUGACGGUCCACAAUCUCGCAGACAAACCCUCCUUCCGCACCUCCGUGUACAACGCCGGCGGCGACAAACUCGUCGUGGUCGACUGCUUCGCCACCUGGUGCGGACCCUGCAAGGUCAUCGCCCCGGAACUCGUCAAAUUCUCCGAAUCACCCGAGUUCAAGGACAAGGUCGCCUUCUACAAGAUUGA